AUGACAAAUACAAUUGAACGAGAUUUAACACAAAAAUUAGAAAAAAAUCAUUUAGAAGCAUCAUCAACUGAAAAAGAAGCAGCUGAUAUUAUAAAAGAACAAGCUAAUGAAGCGUUUAAAAAUAGUGAUUAUGAAAAAGCAAUUGAACUUUAUACAAAAGCAAUUCAAAUUCAUCCAGAUGCUAUUUUAUAUUCUAAUCGAAGUUUUGCUUAUCUUCGUCGUGGAUGGUAUGAUUAUGCAUUAAUAGAUGCUAAAAAAGCAUUGGAAUAUGAUUUCAAUCAUAUUAAAGCAUAUUAUCGACGAGCAUCUGCUUAUAUGGCAUUAGGAAAAUAUAAUUCAGCAUUAUGUGAUUAUGAAUACGUAAUAAAAGCUUGUCCCAAUGAUAAAGAUGCAACAACGAAAUAUGAAGAAUGUAAAAAAGCUGUUACACGUAUUCAUUUUGAAAAAGCAAAUGCUGCUGAUGAAUCAACAGAAUCUGCUGUUAAUCAAAUUGAUCUUAGUUCAAUGACCAUAGAACCAGAUUAUGAUGGUCCACAUUUAAAUGUCAAUGGUCAUGUUACAAAAGAAUUUAUGUCUGCACUUUUACCUUAUUUAGAAAAUCAAAAAAUACUUCAUAAAAAAUAUGCUUAUCAAAUUAUUUUACAAACACUUUCAUUAUUAAAAUCAUUACCAACAUUAGUUGAAAUAACUGUACCUAAUAAACAUAAAUUUACUAUUUGUGGAGAUAUACAUGGACAAUAUUAUGAUUUAUUAAAUAUUUUUAAAUUAAAUGGAUUACCUUCUGAAGAAAAUCUAUAUUUAUUCAAUGGUGAUUUUGUUGAUCGUGGUUCAUUUAGUAUUGAAUGUAUUCUUACUUUAUUUAGUUUUAAAUUACUUUAUCCAAAUCAUUUUUUUCUUGCACGAGGUAAUCAUGAAUCAAUGACAAUGAAUCAAAUGUAUGGAUUUGAAGGUGAAGUCAAAGCAAAAUAUACUGCUCAAAUGUUUCAAUUAUUUACUGAAGUUUUUAAUUAUUUACCAUUAGCACAUUGUAUUAAUAAGAAAAUACUUGUAAUCCAUGGUGGAUUAUUUAGUAAAGAUAAUGUUACAUUAAAAGAUAUUUGUGCUAUUGAUCGAGUUAGACAAUCACCUGACGAAGGAUUAAUGGGAGAAUUAUUAUGGAGUGAUCCACAACCACAUAAUGGGCGAUCUAAGAGUAAACGUGGCCUUGGUAUUCAAUUUGGACCUGAUGUGACUGAACGUUUUCUUAAAUUAAACAAUUUAGAAUAUAUUGUUCGUAGUCAUGAAGUUAAACAACAAGGUUAUGAUAUGGCUCAUAAUAAAAAAUGUAUCACUGUAUUUUCGGCACCAAGGUAUUGUGAUACAAUGACGAAUAAAGGUGCUUUUUUAACAAUAACUGGCGAUGAUAUAACUCCUAAAUUUACAUCCUAUGCAGCUGUACCUCAUCCAGCAGCACGACCAAUGACGUAUGCUAAUUAA